ACACUGUAUAGUAACAUUCCUAUACCGUGACCUGGUAUUACGUGUCAUACAUUUCUUUUACCAUUUCGUGUCAUAUAAUUAUAUAGUCUUACUUAUUCGUGUCAUAAAGGGUGGAAAGUAUAUAGUAAAUGGAUUCUCAUCAGAUAAUUGGAUAAGAUAAAUCGUCAUUGUUUGGUUGAUAAAUCCAUCCUUCAUCGUGAUGAUUUGGGGGAAGGUGGAAAAUAAGAAAGAUAACUGAAUGGCGAUAGUGGAACAGAUGAAUAUGUGAAGAAGUACGAUGAAAGCAGUCUAAUGAACUGAAAAGGCUAUGCCGGUGAACGAUUGGAAUGGGUGACAUUCAGACGUUCAGCUACGUCGCCCCUCCGAAGAAGAAGAAAAAGAAGAAGAAACCCCCGGAAGACAACGAAAACCCCGAGCAGAAGAAAGAUGAAGAGCAGAAAAAACAAGAACCGGAACCCGAGGAGGAUGAGGAACUGGUGAAGGAAAGACAGCGACGGGAGGAAUCGUUAAGGAGAGCGGAGGUUUUGAAACAGAGAAAAAAGGAAGGAGCGAGAGGGGGCAGGGGAAGAGGGCGAGGGAGGGGAAGGGGGAGGGGGAGGGGGCGCCCACCAUCUCAAGGAAGGGGUGCACCACCACCGAGAAGCGCAGGUGGUGGUGAUAAUCAGGACAGAGGGCGAGGACGGGGAAGGGGUAGGGGAAGAGGAAGGGGUUCACGUCGGAUUGGAACUGCCAGCAAUAAACCGAAUCUUGACAGCAUCCAGGAGGGGCAUGAAAGUCGGGUUUCGACGCGUCAAGCUUGGAGCAGACCAACCAGCAAAAAUCGCCCACCAACGUCGAGUCAACAGGAGGAGGAGAAUAGAAAAAGAGAAGAGGAGGAGAAUAGAAAAAGAGAAGAGGAAGAGAGGUUGAUAGAAGCUGAGAAAAAGAAACUCGAAGAAGAGGAGAAAGGGCAAAGGGAGGAAGAGGAGAAAAGGCAAAAAGAGGAAGAGAGGAAGAAAAAGGAAGAAGAAGAGAAGCGUAAGGAAGAGGAGAAGCCGAAGGAGACGAAACCUGCGACGAAAAAGUUUACGAAGGCUGCCCGGGCAUCAAUAUUCAUGAGAAGAUUGUUUGGAGGCAAAAAGGAGCCAGUAGAGGAAGUGGCAAAAGAGCCUGAGCCUAAAGAGGAGGAUGAAAAGCCGAAAGAAGAAAAACCAGAAGAAGAGGAACAGAAGCCAGAGGAGGAACCAAAGCAAGAAGAAGAAACACCAGCAGAGGAAGUGAAAGAAGAUGAACAACCCAAAGAGGAAGAGGAACCCAAACCAGAGGAACCUAUCGAAGAAGUAACAGAAGAUAAGCAAGAGGACAAACCUGAGGAGGAAGCCAAAGAGGAGGAAACGAAAGAAGAGACACCAAAAGAGGAAGAUGUAAAAGAGGAAGAGACUGAGAAUGCUGAAGAGAAACAAGAGGUCAAGGUUGAAGAGGUACGUAAGGAGGAUGAAGGAGAGGAGAGUAAAUCCAUCAAACAGGAGGAUAGAUCGAUAGAAGAUCAGAAGGAUACAACUGAACAACCGGUACAAGAAAAUCCUCCGGAAGAAACAAAGAAUGACAAACCUGUGGAGGAGAAUAAAACUGAAAAUCCGGUGGAAGAGGAGGAUAAUGAAGAAGUUAAGGAGAAACAAAGGGGUAUUCUGGGAAAGUUAUUUGGGCGGAAGAAAAGUGUUACAAGUAAAACAGGAUCGCAAGUGAGCUUACGGACUUCUAGUAUGGCCAACAUGAAUGCUUCGCGGACUACCUUGAACAGUAUUAAAGAGACCCAGGAGCCAGAGACAGGAGCUACUCCAGGAUGGGGGAAGGUCAAGUCCCUGUUCAAACGUGCUAAAACACCAACACCAGAACCACCUAAAGAACCUACCCCGCCACCACCACCACCUCCUAAGGAACCCACCCCUCCACCUCCUAAGGAACCCACCCCUCCACCACCACCUUCACAAGAGGUGGCUAAGGAAGCAACCAAUGAUGAGCUGACCGGUGCUGUACCAAACCUUGUAGAUAAGCCCUUGGGUGACAACUCAAACCGACCAAUCAUCAUCAUAAAUGCCUCUGGAAGUGACUCUGAAUUCCAGAAGACAUUGAUUGCAGCCCUGGGUGGAAAAGUCCCGGAUGAAGGUGAAGAAGAACAGCCCAGGAGUGAACAACCGAACGGUAGGGUCAAUGGGGGUAGGCAAGGAGGAAUGCCAGUAAAUCAAAUGAUGAUGCCUAUGGUCAUGCCGUAUCCGAUGCCACCUCCACCAAUGCCGUAUUAUGGUAUGAAUCCAUAUGGCUAUGGACCCCCUAUGAUGCCGCCGCAACCGCAAAUGCAAUAUCCACAAGGACAGUACCAACAGUACCCACAGCAACAGCCUCCACCACCACCCCCACAACCCCAGCAAACCUACCAACCCAUCAACCAGCAACAGAGAGAUUUCAUACAGAACAUGCCGAUGAGCAGCACACAUGCACAGCCGAAGAAAGAGGUCCUAUCGGCAACAGAGCAGCUCAUCGAGACCAACCCGGUGAGAAUCAUAAGCGAACCUGCGGCAAAACCACAAUGGUCCAAAAAAGAACUGAAGCGCGAGGAAGUUCGUCUCCGAGUUCGGAAGAAACUUACGCAGUCGUUGCAGGAGGCCGAACAGCACACACAACUCAGUGAUGAGCAGUUUGAGGACAGUGAUAUCGAUGAUGAAUUUUAUAAUGCUACCUUGAGGAAGAAGGAUCGGAAAAAGAAGAGAUCGAUUGCCGACUUCAACGAGCUACAGAAGGAGGAAAUGGCUAGGAAAGGGAAGAUAGAAGCAGCAGAGAAAGCAAGAAGAGAAAUAGAACUUCAGGAGGAGAUGCGUCGCAAGGUAGCGGAAGAUGGGAUGAACACACUCCUUGCCAUGAUCAAUGGAGAGGAGGAUCCAGAUGAAAAACCUGAUAAAGAUGAUGAUGGUGGUGAUGGGGAAAAUGAAACUGAUUCUGUCAAAGAUGAUCAGGGGCAGCCCAAGAAAGAACAAACAAGUUCAAAGAAAGAACCAAAGAAGACAAAGAAAGAUACUUUCAAGAAGCCCUUUGAUAUCGAGGCCGAAUCUCCCAUUAUAUUCCCAGAUGAACAAACCUAUGAUGACUUCAGCAGAUUCGUGUCUGAAUUCACCAAAGCAAAUGGAGUCACUUCACCAUCUCCAACAGAAGACAAAUCACCUGGUAUCCCUGACCGCGGGGCAUCGGCAUCAAGUUCAGAAAACCCUUCACCUUUCAGCAUCACAAUCGCAGAUGAGUUAAUGGCGAUGAUAAGCAACUCUUCAAGUCCUGCAAGAACUCCACCUGAUACGAAACCAGCAACGAAAAUAAGGCAGGGUUAUCCUCCCUCUGUUGGGUCAUCCUCUCCGGCCUCUAACUCGCAGCGGACAGAAGUUCAGCAGAGUCUGUUCAACGCCCAGGUCACACUCCUCGAGGCCAAGAGACUUCUCAGCCCACAUUCAAAAUGAGUUUCCAACCGCUGUAUGGUCGUCAUCUACAAUAUUUAAGAAAUGUGUCAACUGGACGCUAACAAUUCUGACCGAUGCUCAGGUCAAACCCUGGGGUGGUAUUCUCAAAAGCGGACUAACUUUAGUCCAUGGUUUAAUCCACCAACUUAGUAUGGAAU